AUGUUUGCCCCUCGAGAGCACCAAGCUGGGUCACCUACCACCUACGGCUCAUUCUUCGACAUCGAUACUACCCUUCGGGGACAAGCGGAGACAGGCGCCGUGAGGGCCCUCUUCUCGGACCCAAAGAUCCUUCGAAACGCGAUCACUUCCUUUGGCUUGGCGCGCGAUAACGAACACGGCGAACCAGAUACAGUGGAGCCGCACGCAGAUCUCCUCAAGCUAUUGCUGAAAUGGUACAGAAUCAUCUCAGCUUCCGAAAUCAGAGAAGGGUUUAGUGAGCUUCACACUACUGGUGGAUCCCUUUCCCUCUUCGAUGCCAGAGUACGGCAAGAUGAUGGUCGGGACAAAAUAUUUCGGCAGACCUUACACUUUUCUGAAUUUGUCAAUUGGUCAGGCGAAAACAGCAAGCUCUUCGGCCAAGACGUCAAAGGCAGUGUUGGACGUAAAGAAGGGGUCAUCAAGCCAGAUGGGGGCAUUUCUGCUAGUGUUGUCUGCACAUUUGAUCAUAUCGACGACAAGCCUACCCUCGUCGACGGCGAGUUUGUCAUGGAGCCAAACGAGUACUUGACGUCCCUUGGAAACGUGACAGCCGGUCUUCGUACCAAGUACAAGCUGAAAGACAACGAGGUGCUCUACCACAUCGUCUGCAUUGUGAUAGAAAUAAAGCCCCCAAUCGUUCGCGAAAUGCUCCUUAUCGCCCAGACCUCAUGCUAUGCUGGAGGCUACCAUGAUGUCUGUGGAACCAGCUACGGUUACGCAGGUCGCGGUCCGAAGGCGUAUCGCCUUCUGGUCUUGGACAAUGCCAUCGUCUUCGAGGGCAAGUCUGAUGACGGAGUAGAGGUUGUUGGGGACUUUGACAUGCUGGAAAAAAGGUUGAAAGAGGGUAGCGUCAAAAUUGGAAGGUCCUUCCUUGUCAAAGAUAGCGAACGCGAAGAUGGGCUGGAGGGCGAAGAUGGGCUGGACGACAAAGUGGUCAAAGACGUCAGAAAGCUGUUUGUCGCUGCAAUCAAGCAGCUCAAGACAAUUCUCCGCAAUGGCCAGCCUUUGAGGCGGCUUCCCAGCCCCAGGGGGAAGACAUGGACAGCCUUGAAGAACACGGUGGAGACUUUCAGGUUUGAAAAUGCCGUGACUCAGCCCAGACGGUUCUUUGAAGGGGCGCGUUUGUCAAAAAAGAAGGUGGCUGAACUUCAAAAGUUGCGCGAACGCAAGGGAAAUUCUGCGUCUGCGGAGAAUGCUGAAAGGGGGCCGAGGGCAGAGGACUCUGAUUUCGUGGCUCCUCCAGAGGGAGCCGAGUCGACCGAAGUGAAUGCGGACGCGCAGUCAAGGACCGACAUCGAUUCCAAAAGGCCGACACGAACCAGAAAGAAGACCAAGCAGCAAUCUGUCAACGACCCCCCUCCGAAAGUUCGGCGCAAUCGUUCGCCUUCCCCUGGCGGCGGUGGGCAGGGCCCCUCAAAGGGCCGCUCCACAGGAAACCAGGCCACUCGGGCCGGUCCGUCUGCUACAACCUCGAGUGCUACUAAGGAAGGCGGUCAGCGCGGGCGCGGGGCCAAGGCAGCGGGUAAGACCGUUGGGCAUAGGGUUGGCAACGUCAGGGAGAGCGAUGACAAUACAGCGAAUGUUUUGAAAGGGAAAGACAGUUUCGAGAGCGCCUCUUCCAAAGAGGAAAUCCAAACGCCUCAUGGAUCAAUCAUCAUCAAUCCCGUGAUAGCCGGUACUUAUGGCGAUGAUGAUGUCGAAAAUACAGAAUAUGAUCCCCUGACCGCUUUUAAUCUCCAAAACAUCAAUUCCUACAUGCCUAAAUUGAACGCUGGCGAAAAAGUCCGAUCGUUCCAUGAGUCGAUGCUUAUGGACCCUGUAAUGAACGGUGGUCAAACACGUCAUAUUGCCCUUCCCGAGAUUCAAAGCAUCGAGGAGGAAAUGCCAAAAAAGACUGCCAGUGGCAUCAUGGAAGACGACAUUAUCGACGAGGAAGACAAUGGCAGUUUCGACCGUGCGCCCUCAGCGGUCUAUGAUGACCCCUUGGAAGAGUCUAUGCUCGGUGAUGCUGAGAAACGCCGAUCGUUCAAUGAGAGGAUACAAUUACUCGCCGCUCGGUCUGUUCUCAGGCAAGCAAAUACUAUCUUUGUCAUUGCUAGCAAAGAGAUCUUCAACAGGUGCCUUGACGAAGCCAUCAAGUUUGUUCACUUGUAUGUCCAUGCUAUCGGGCUCAGGCUGACUCAGUCGCGCAGAUGA